UUUCUCGACUUUCCUCUUCUUCACCAAAUUCAUACACAAAUCACAAUGACUUCUUUCGAUUCAUACACAGACCGAGCCGCAAAGGCUCUGGCCGACAGCUUUGACCUAGUCAAGGACUACCAACACUUACAACUCACACCUCUGCACCUUGCAGUCUCACUCCUCAGCCCUCCACCGGACGAGACCAACAAAGUCGACCGGCCGCCGGAGCCACUCUUUCGCCAGGUAGUCAACCGCGCGAAUGGGGAUGUUCAGUUAUUUGAGCGCUCUCUCAAAAAGGCUCUGGUGAGGCUGCCGAGUCAAGAUCCACCGCCCGAGCGUUCCUCACCUUCACCUGCAAUGGCCAAGGUCUUGCGCUCCGCCGAAGACCUUGCCAAAACGCAAAAGGAUGCCUUUAUCGCAGUCGAACACUUGAUUCAAUGCGUCUGCCAGGAUGCUACCAUUCAAAAAUGUCUCGCCGAGUCCAACGUACCCAACACGAAGCUGAUUGAUACAUCCAUUCAGGCCAUUCGUGGCACAAAGCGGGUCGACUCAAAGACAGCCGACGCUGAAGAAGACAACGAAAACCUCAAGAAAUUCACUAUCGACAUGACGGCUAUGGCUCGGGAAGGAAAGAUUGACCCAGUCAUCGGUCGCGAGGAAGAAAUUCGACGAGUUGUUCGUAUCCUCUCCAGGCGAACCAAAAAUAACCCCGUCCUCAUUGGUGAACCGGGUGUAGGCAAAACCACUGUUGUCGAAGGUCUCGCACGCCGAAUCGUCGAUGCUGAUGUCCCUGCAAACCUCGCCGCCUGCAAGCUGCUUUCCCUGGACGUUGGUGCACUUGUUGCUGGCAGCAAGUACCGCGGAGAAUUCGAAGAGCGCAUGAAGGGCGUGCUGAAAGAGAUCGAGGAAUCCAAGGAGAUGAUAGUAUUGUUCGUGGACGAAAUCCAUCUGCUCAUGGGAGCCGGCUCUUCCGGGGAGGGUGGGAUGGACGCUGCCAACCUCCUCAAGCCGAUGCUUGCCCGUGGUCAGCUUCACUGUAUCGGUGCAACAACCCUUGGCGAAUACAGGAAAUACAUCGAAAAGGACCAGGCGUUCGAGCGACGUUUCCAGCAAGUUCUUGUCAAGGAGCCUUCCAUCCCGGAGACCAUUUCUAUUCUUCGUGGACUGAAGGAACGCUACGAGACACAUCACGGUGUUACCAUUAUGGAUGGCGCCAUCGUCUCGGCAGCUACCCUUGCCGCUCGAUACCUUACACAGCGUCGCCUGCCUGAUUCCGCAGUGGAUUUGAUCGAUGAGGCUGCUGCUGCCGUUCGCGUGACACGAGAGUCGCAGCCAGAAGCGCUCGAUAACAUGGAGCGUCGGGUCCGCCAACUCCAGAUCGAGAUUCAUGCUUUGAGCCGCGAAAAGGAUGAGGCAUCGCAGCAGCGGCUCAAGGAGGCCAAAGCCGAGACAGCAAACAUUCAAGAAGAACUUGCCCCGCUCCGCGAAAUGUACGAACGCGAAAAGGGUCGUAGCAAAGAGAUUCAAGAAGCAAAGAUCAAGCUCGAGAAUCUCAACACCAAACUCGCUGAAGCCGAACGUGUUCGCGAUAUCCAAACCGCUUCAGAUCUGGCUUACUACGCUAUUCCAGAUCUCAAGCAACGUAUCACCGAGCUGGAGAAAGAAAAGAAGAAAGCGGAUGCCGAGAUGUGGGCUCACGAAGCUGGCGGUGGCGAGGCCCUUUUGAGUGAUGCUGUUGGGCCCGAUCAGAUCAACGAGAUUGUUGCUCGCUGGACUGGCAUUCCCGUCACACGCCUCAAGACAACUGAGAAGGACAAACUUCUGCAAAUGGAGCGUCAUCUUAGCGAGAUCGUUGUUGGCCAGCGUGAGGCUGUUCAGGCAGUUUCGAAUGCGAUCCGACUCCAGCGAUCCGGUCUUGCAAACCCUAACCAGCCUCCUAGUUUCCUCUUCUGCGGUCCUUCUGGUACUGGUAAAACACUUCUCACCAAGGCGCUUGCGGAAUUCCUCUUCGACGACCCGAAAUCGAUGAUUCGCUUCGACAUGUCGGAGUAUCAGGAGCGACAUGCACUUAGCAGGAUGAUUGGUGCCCCGCCAGGUUAUGUCGGUCAUGAUGCUGGAGGUCAACUUACGGAAGCUCUUCGUCGUAAACCCUUCUCUAUCUUACUCUUCGACGAAGUUGAGAAGGCCGCUAAAGAAGUGUUGACCGUCCUCCUUCAGCUGAUGGAUGACGGUCGCAUCACCGAUGGCCAGGGCAGGAUCGUCGAUGCAAAGAACUGCAUUGUCGUCUUGACCUCUAACCUCGGCGCCGAAUACCUCUCGCGUCCCAAUGCUCCUGACGGAAAGAUUGACCCUACCACUCGCGAGAUGGUAAACAAUGCUCUACGCAACUACUUCCUGCCUGAGUUCCUCAACCGUAUCUCAUCCGUUGUCAUCUUCAACCGCUUGACCAAGAGGGAAAUUCGCAAGAUUGUCGAUGUUCGCAUGCUCGAGAUCCAGAAGCGUCUUACCUCCAACGGUCGCAAUGUGCGCAUCGAAAUGACAAACGAAGUUCGCGACUAUCUUGGCUCAGCUGGAUACUCGCCUGCAUACGGUGCUCGUCCUCUGGCAAGAUUAAUCGAGAAGGAGGUACUCAACCGCAUGGCUGUUAUGAUUUUACGAGGAAGUAUCAAGGACGGCGAGGCCGCCAGGGUGGUUCUCGAAGAUGGACACGUUCAAGUGUUGCCGAACCACUCAGACAGCGAGGAGGAUAGCGAGAUGUACGAUGAGAGCGAUGCUGCGGCGGAGCUGGAUGACGAUGAUGGAGGUAUGGAUCUCUACGACUAAAGAACUAGAGAUUGGAAAUGCUACCAGAUGAGCAUUGGCCAUUGCAUGGGUUUCUGCGCGUUCUGGCGUUAUCUGCAUACAACUUUG